AGUUCUAGUCGUUUCAUACUUUUUAUUUCUCUCGUAAUAUCCUUCAUGUGUCGCGGUCUAGCUCUUUGUGCUCUCCAGCCUACCCGGAGUAACUUCUGAACCUCAUUUAUUCUUUAGCAUUAGUUUUCAGAAUUAGAAACAUUUGUUCCAAAUAUUUUUCAAGUUUUCUAUAUUAGACGUUAUCAAACUGGUCCACGGAGGUUGGGUGAUCAAUGGAGAAUAGAUAGAUAGAUAGUUGAGGGGCGGAGCUUAAUCCAGGCCGGGCCGGCAGGCACUCACGAAGCAACCUGCCCCUCCAGGUUUGGGUGCGCUCCUGCCCAGGUUCGGAGGUAGGUUUCCGACCCUUCACGACUCCUGCCGGAGGAGGGAAGGGGCCGCAAACCUCCUGAAAACCUGGCCCUAGAGACCUGAACCCAGAGAUUUAGUCUCAUUCAGUAACAAGUGGGACGCUCAGUCUACAGGACGGAGACUCAUUAGUACCUCCGGGACAUCAUCUCCGCUCAAUCGGAGUUCCCAUCUCUUAUCAUCACUCCGGGAGUACUUUGAACAUUUCAAAAAAUAAUCGUAGCCUUAAUUAUCCAACAUUAACAUAAACACUAAAAAACCAGUUUGUUCACAGGAGAAAAUAAAAAAAAUCAUUCACAUUUUCUGGACAUGAAAAAGUGAUCUAAGAAUGCUUGAAUCACUGUCAGAGGGCGUUCCCAGGUCUCUGCCCCACCCUACCUACCUAAACAUGGCAGGCCUUCCUCCUGUCUUUAACCACAUGAUGGGGAAGAUCUGGGGCCUUAAUCUACAGAGGAGCCAGCUUCAUCAAGAUCAGGAGGAGGAUACUAAACAAGGUCUCCUGUAUGGAAGCAAGGCAGGCCCACUCUCACCCAGUUUAAUGUGCCCCACCUCCCUUCCCCUACGCUGUAUGCCCAACGCGCCUGGAAUAGGUCCGCCCCCUCGUCUGCCCGGACACGCCUACAUAACUUGUAACUGCAAAAAAGCAUUCUCUUCAAUGGCGGAGCUAGAAUCUCACAUGGCGAGAGUGCAUCCAGAGAAUGUUCAUAUUCCCUGUUCUCUGUGCAGUAAGCAGUUUCCUUCCCUGGCAAAACUGCACCGGCAUAUGUCAAACCAUCAGGAUGGUCCAGAUCUUAGAAAAUUUAAAUGCUGUCAUUGCGGGAAAGCAUUCAAAUUCAAGCAUCACUUGAAGGAGCAUGAGAGAAUUCAUACCGGAGAGAAACCAUUCGAGUGCAAACAUUGCGGCAAAAGGUUUUCUCACUCCGGGUCCUAUUCCUCACAUACCACUAGUAAAAAGUGUUUGGUAGGAGGGCGGGGAAGAGGAGCUCCACCCACAUCAGGAUCGCCAACCAAGGGGAUGAAUCUAACCAAACCAGGACAGCCAUCUGCCUGGUCUGCGUACAAGCCAGAGCCUAGGCCUUCCUUCCCAAGCCCCUCCCCGGACCAUCUAGCUGCCCUUCAAUUGUCUAGGUUUACUCCCCCCUCGCAUCAGAAUCCGUUUCUGCUCUGGGCUUCACAGAACUAUCAUCUAAACCGUAACCCUGCAACACCCCUUGAACUAAACCUUCAAGAGCAACUUCACAGACUUUUCCAAUUUCGGUCAGAGCUAAACAGUUCAGAUUUAUCCAAGACGGAGGAAGGACAACAGUUGAAACCAACCCUGGAUUUCCCAAAGUGCGAGGAGAGACCUGUAUCUCCCCCAAGGAUGGAUGAAAACUCGCCCAGGGAUAGGAAGAUUGUAGAGUCGGACUCUUCUCUGACUAUUAAAACCGAAUCUGAAUUUAGAGUCGCGGAUAGCCUCAGGGAUAGUUUCCCUGAUCCUCAACAUUUCCAGCUGAUUAAACAUGUCCUAGAGGGGGUUAACCAGAACAGUACUAAGAAGACCCUGGAGAUGAAUGGGAUGACGGAAGAAGAACAGUACGAAGACAGCCUAGGGAGUGAGGAAGGAACACAAGAGGAGAGAAAGGUUCGAGUUCGAACCUUGAUCUCAGAAGAGCAACAAAUCGUCCUAAAAACCCAUUAUCAACGAAAUCCGAAACCCAAAAAAGAAAUUUUGCUAGAGAUUGCCGCACAAAUCAGACACCCUUUCAGAGUUGUGAAAGUCUGGUUUCAAAACAUGCGUGCACGGGAUCGAAGAGAGGGUAAGCAUGUUCCUCAACUUCAGUUCCCAACUGGACAUCCAGGAUUCUUAAACAAUAAUUUUUCACUGCAUGGUCUACAUUCUCUCCCUCAUCCUCUCAUCCGAACAGGAUUAAGCCCCCAGCUUAAUCCUCUCUUCCCGUUUCACUCCUUAAGCAUGUUCGAACCUCCCAAGACCCCUGAGAGCAGUCGGUCUGAGAAUAACGAAGAUGAUCUCGAUGAUGAGGAAGAUGAGGAUGAAGAUCAGGAUGAGGUACACAGUGAUGAGGUUCCUCUUGAUCUCUCAAACAAAGGUUCAACUCCUGGAAACUCUCCAGACAGAGAGGAUAUAGAUCCUGAGCAUUUAUCAAAACUCCGAUUCAACGGAUCCCAAAAUUUUUCAAGUUCUGAUGAGGAGGAGGGUGGAGAGCCCCGGCCCUGUCCCCACUGCAGAAUGGAUUUUACAAGUCGAUGCUCUCUUAUAGCUCAUAUUAUGAAUCAUAGUGAUCAUAGAUCGAACCAAUGCGAUGUAUGCGAGAAAGCAUUUACACCUAUGCAUAAGAUGUUAGAACAAACUAGACUUGAAAACACAUUCUCGAAUGCUAAGACAAACCUAAAUCAAAAUAAUAGAAGAUUUAAAUCAAAUUUACCAGCAGAAGAAGGACCUGUAAACUCUCCACCUACCUCCCCUGCCCCCAAAGUUCCUAGUCCACUCCCCCCAACCCUUAUUCAUGGAUCCAACCUUGUCCCUGGAUCCAACCUUACUCCUGGAUCCAAUCUUACUCCUGGAUCCAACCUUACUCCUGGAUCCAAUCUUACUCCUGGAUCCAACCUUGUCCCUGGAUCCAACCUUACUCCUGGAUCCAACCUUGUUCCUCCAACUUAAAGAAUUCUUCUUACGACUUCAAAAUACAAAAUGUGUAAAUAAUAUUGCAAUAGUUUUGUGAAUUUAGUCGGGAAAUGGUUCUAGAUUGUACACUUUUCUUAUUAUAUUUAAAUUCGGGAUGAGAGGUUUCGGUCUAGAAUAAAAUUCUAAUAUUUAGCGCACCAAUGAACAACUAAAAAUAAAUUAGAAUCAAUGUAUGUAUACAAAAUAUAUGUAAAUGUAACGGCUAAAAAUCCUUCUCUAAUUUUUUACAUAACUUGUUUGUGUUAACCAAUUUGAUGCAAAAAUGAGGGAAUUAAUUGAAUAUUUAAUAUUAAU